GGCUGUGUCGAUUGGCAUCUGAUCUCUGCGUCCUCCGUGACAAUUUUUCCAGAUUAUCGAUAUUAUUGAUCGUUGGAUACGUCGAUUGAUCGCCUGCUGUUCCCAUCACUCAGGUUUGACCCUUUUUAUUACGCUGUGCUUUGUGUUUGUGUUCAGUAUGUCUUGUGUUCACUACAGGUUCCAGAGUCGACUCACCUACGACUCGCUCCAGUUUGAAGGCCUCAACAUCAGCGCGGGGGAGCUGAAGCGGCAGAUCAUGAGGAGCAAGAGGCUGAAGUUCUGCCAGCUGAAGAUCAGCAACGCCCAGACUGAUGAAGAAUACACAGAUGAUGCUCUCAUCCCUAAAAACACGUCGGUCAUCAUCAGACGGAUCCCUGCGGCGGGACUGAAGUCCUCAAACAGAAGAUUUGUUGGACAUCAAGCUGGACGCUGGCGUGAACCUUCACCUAGAGCUGAUCCUUCACUCCUCUCACUGGAGCAGUUGUUGAAGACUGAGAAUCUGGCUGAGGCAAAGGCGUCAGAGGAGGACAAGCUGAAAGCGGUGAUGUACCAGUCCAGCCUGUGCUACUACUCCAGCAGGGCAGCCGCUCCGCGCCGCACAAGCGCAUCCGGAAGAGCACAGGGAUUCCCCGCAGCUUCCUGUUGGAGGUGGACGACCCAGACCGAAAGGGAGUCAUGAUAGACGGCAGCGGCAGAUACGUCAUUCCCAUCAUAGACGCUGAGGCCUAUGCUGCUGAGAAGAGAAAGAGGCCGUCCUUCUCCUGCCAGACCGAGCCUUUGCCCUCCUCGUCCUCAGCAGGUGCGGCAUCUUCGGUCCGGGACGCCGGAGGGAAACGGUCCCGCUCCCCAUCUUCACCAGAGACGCGCGGCGACCAGAAGAGACCACGUCGCUGAGAGACCUUCAUCCAAGAGACCUGGAGCCGACGUGUAAAUAUUGUACAUAGUUUAUUAAUAAAAGAUAAUAAAGAUUAUAGCCGCAU